AUGCCGCCCAAGAGAGCUCCCAAACGCAAGGCUACCGAUGACGCAACAGUCAGUCGCAAUGCCAACACCGCCAAGAGAGUCGCGCAGGAGAACGCGAACUUCGGUACUCCAAGAGAGUGGCCGAUUGAGGCCAGGAAAGGAAUAAAGAAUGCGCUCGAAUCUUCUCUUCUACCGAAUGCCGGCCAACCGGUCUCCGAUGAGUCAGAUUCAGGCGAAUCCGAGCUCGCCGAUUUCGAGGUUGACGGCGAUGGCUAUGACGCGGCCAUCAAAAUGGAAGAAGAGCACGAGAAGCGCGUCGAGAGAGCGCACAGACAUCUAGCGAUAAGACUUCAUCGAGAAGAGGAAGUGGAAGUCGGUGACGUACGAGGUGAAUGGGAUCUCUACUCUCCCAACUAUCUUGACCUACACGAAGUCGACAACCGAGCGUUGAUAUACACUGGACGGUUCAACUUCCAUCAGUGGAAGACAGGGAAACUCAUCAUUGGAGACCACAGUAACGACACAGCGCUCUCUUCGAUGGAAGCCACCGCAAAGCUUUCCCUCUACGGCCUCAAGAACGAAUGGCACCUGCCCCUCAACCUUCCCAAAGCCCCGUCUGUGGAGAUGCAACCACUUCAAGGCAUCCGCCAAAACUAUGAAGGUGCUGGAAACCCAGAGGUUCGACUCGGUAUAUCCUUUCUAGGAAACGGCUACCUGAAGAUGCGGAUACCGGGCAUAUACAUUGCCGGAAAGAAGGAAUGGAGAAGACAUCUUACGUUCUAUGGCAUCAACCGCACAUGUCCGCCACGAGAGAUGGAGAGCCCUGAGCCGCUGCCACGACCUGCGACACCGCCGCCGGCGGAGGGAUUCAAGUACGGCAAGAGAGGCAAUCUGGUUCGCAUAUCGAAGUCGCGACAGAAGCCAGCGCCGCAGACAGCGCCGGUCGAGACUGUAGAUGAUCCUGAUGAUGAGCUGGUAUCUUCAGAUGAAGAACUGAGACGAAGGCUGCUGGAAGAGUUGGAUGAUAGCUUGUUCAUCAGCUGGCCGGACGACAACUAG